AUGCCGCCUUGCUUUCGGGAUGCUGCUGCGAACUUUUGGCCAGGCGCGCGAAGCAAAGGAAGAGGCGAGCCCGAGCAGGCAGCAGGACGCGCGCGCGGAGCCUCCCCGGCGCUCCAAAACAACUUCACGCCAAGCAGCCAGCCUGCCCAGUGGCGCAAGAGGCGCUUGGAGUUUCUGGUCCGGGAGGAGGAGGAGGAGAAACUCGCCGCCGAGAAGGGGAAGCGACGACUCAACCCCCCUUUCCUUUCCUUCCUUCCUUCUGCAGCAAGCCCGGAAUUCUCAGAUGCUCGUUUCUACAGAGAUGAUGUAUUCUUUGACCCUGAGACAGCACACCCAAGACUAGAAGUGUCUAAAGAUGGAAAAUGUGUGAAGGACACAGGAAAUAUUUCAAAUGUUUCUAAGAGCAAGAAGAGAUUUGACUCCCAUAUAUUCAUCCUGGCAAAAGAUGGGUUUUCCAAAGGCAAACAUUACUGGGAAGUGGAGGUUGGACAGAAAAAGAACUGGGUCUUAGGAGUGGCCUCUGAAUCCAUUUGUAGAACAGGAAUAAUCAUACAGUCCGUUCAGAAUGGUUUCUGGGUCAUAAAACUUGAAAAUGGGAAAGAAUAUUGGGCUCAGGAAAACCGCUUGAGUGUGAAACUGAAUGAAAAACCUUCAAGAAUAGGUAUAUUUCUAAAUAUAUCCAACAAAAGUCUCGUUUUUUAUGAAGCCCACAGGAAACUUAAGUUGUACACUUUCACUGACAGUUUUUCUGAGAAGCUGUAUCCAUUCUUCUCUACAGGGUUAGAGGCAGAUAGCCUACCUCUGAGAAUUCCUCCAUAUUUUGAAGAGGAAGAAGACUGA